UAUAGAUACGCCAAAAUGGUCAACGAGAUAUUCAGCCAAGUGUUCUUUGUCCAGUUUCUCGGUAGUAUAUUAAUAUUAUGCUCAACCGUAUACUACCUGUCUUCUCAUAUAACGAUUGCCGAUUUUGCGAACUUGGCUGUCUAUACAUGUUGCAUGUUCAUACAGAUUUUCAUCUACUGCUGGGCCGGAAACGAAGUUAUACUAAAGAGUACAGGAUUAAGCGAGGAAGUGUAUAAGAUAGAUUGGAUGUUGAUGACGAUUAGCGAACGAAAAGACUUGCUGAUGAUUAUGAAACGUAGUACAAGACCUAUCCGAUUUACUAGUGGUUUCUUAGUGACGUUGUCUCUGGAAUCUUAUAGUAAUGUCAGUAUGUCAAUUAAACACUUUCUUCCCUCACUAUUGUUCGACGCAUAUUUCGUUAAAAUCUUAUUUUAUUUCGUAGAUCCUCAAAACAUCUUACUCUGCGUUCAACAUUUUGCAGCAAUCGUAAAGUUUAAAUAGCGGAGGUUUAUUCGUUAUUUAUA